ACUCCCUAUCACCUUGCUUUGCUAUGCCUGGAGGUGUUUUGAUAACAGCCAUGUCCCUGGGCUGGCAGAUAGCCGUGGUGUCAGUGCUGUCUCUGUGCUGAUGACACAGUAUUGAUGAUACAGCUUGAGACUCCAGACCAAACUGAAGUCAUCACUGAACAACUGACCUGUGGAUGAGCCCACAUGGGAGCACAUACACCUUGAGGCAUCUGUGGCCACAGGUAAACAAUCCUGUGUGUUUCUUCGUGUGCCUUGACCCAAGUAUGAUGAAGAGCAAGUUAAUUUGCAGAUACAGAAGAGGAACGAACCUAUCAGACUCCAGUAGAUGAUCCAUGUGAGAAAACUGGUGCAAUCCCUGAUGAGCCAUGAUAGCAAGAACCCUAAGGGAACUGUAACUCACAGGCAGCACCUUUGCAGGAGAAGGGCACAGCUGGAGCAGUCUGCAAGGGGCCAGCAUGUGACAUGCAGGAUACACAAAAACAUGGAACUAGAUGAGCUCUCCUGCUCCUGCCAUGUCCACUCCACUGGAGGAUGCCAUGAACACCUUCAUCAGGAUUUUUCAUCACUACUCUGGCAAAGAAGGUGACAGAUACAAGCUGAGCAAAAGAGAGCUCAAGGAACUCCUCACCAGGGAGCUCACUGACUUCCUUUCUGGCCAAAACGAUCCUCAUCUUGUUGAUAAGAUUAUGAACGAUCUGGAUUCCAAUAAAGACAAUGAAGUGGAUUUUAAUGAAUUUAUGACUCUGGUUGCAACUCUGACUGUGGCUUGUAACGAUUUCUUUGAAGAACAGCUAGAAGAAGGAUUUUAAUGAUGCUGCAUAAAAUCGGUCUUCUGGUCACAAAUGCAAUGAACCGUGACUAGUUAGGUAGUGCUCAUUAGCAUUUGGUGAACACAAACCAUCAUCACUCCAAUUGCUACAGCUGCAAAACUCUUGUGGACCAGAUCAGCAGCUGGUGUAAGCUGGACCAAAGGCAGCUUACACUA